CGACACAACUUCCCACGUCACGAACUUCCUUUGGAAUUAAUUUCGAAAGCUAACGAUCGAUAUUAUUAAAACUGUCGUAAUCUUUCAUUCCAUAUACAACUUUCUACCAAUUUCCUCAAAGUUAUCUAUAUCGUGUAAAGUCUCUCUAAAAAGUGAAUAAGUGAUUUUAAACUACUGACUUUAAAAAUCUAGUAAACUUUAUAGUGGUGUUCUCCGGCGGAUCCGGAGCUUUAAGAGGUCAAUAAAACAGCCAAAGUGUCUCCUAUUAAAUUGUCGGCUAUGGAUAGCAAUUCGGUGUCGCCAAUGCCGGAGUUAGCGCCGAUCGCAGAGUUCGAUAAGUCCCCACCUUCGCCGCCCAAUGAGGAGGUCCCGAUGGACGACCUGCCACCACCACCCGUUACCAUCUCCCAAGCCGAGGGAAAGAAGCUUAAAGUACAACGCAGCCGUUCGUAUGAUUCGGAAGAACACGAACGGGGAGCUUGCGAAUGGUGCGAGUACGCGUUGGUCAUCACCCUUGCUACCAUCCUACUCAUCGGUGUCUCCGCAUUGACCAUCUUCUGGACCUUCUUCUACAGAGAAGGAUAUGGCUGGGCUGACGAUCUCCCUGAGAAGCAGUUCAACCUUCAUCCGACGCUUAUGAUUGCGGGAUUUAUCACUUUUAGUGGUUUCUCGGUGCUGCUAUAUCGCAUCUGCCGGUGCUUCAGACGCAUAUACGUCAAACUGCUGCACGCGAUCUUUCAUGCUCUGGCAUUCCCGUGCAUCGUCAUUGGUUUCCUCGCCGUCCUUGACUUUCAUAACAAGAAGGGAAUCAACAACUUCUACUCUCUUCACAGCUGGAUUGGCUUAGUGGCUAUGGGACUGUUUGGACUUCAGUAUGCCGUCGGUUUCUUCAGCUUCCUUCUACUGUUGAUUUGUAACAAAGGCACGGCUAACUUCCGUGCAUCUUUGGUGCCCAUACACGCUGCUUUUGGCGUCCUCACUUUUGUUCUCGGAGUGUGCGCUUGCGUCACCGGACUGACUGAAAAGGCUCUCUUCACCCUUGGCGCGGAUCGAUACAGCGGCCUGCCGGAUGAGGGAGUGAUCAUCAACGCCAUCGGAGUUACCAUCAUUGCCAUACUAGCUGUGGUCAUGUACAUUCUGUCGAGGAACAAGAGUGCGGAAUACGCAAUGAUGCCGACCGAGGCGAUUGUGAUAAACGCCAUCGGGAUGUCGGUGGUGGCAGUGGCAAUCGUGGUACUCUACACCGUGCGCGGCACUGGCGGGUACCGGCUGCGCAAGGUGGCGCAGAAUCCCAGCUAAGCGCCGAAUGGACUACCUACACCCACAGCACAACCUAGCGGUAACCCUUCGGCUUGCAUAGUGUAGUCUCUGUUCAGAAACUAAAAAAAUCCUAAUUUAAAAACUAUCUACCUACUGACAAUAUGAUUGGUCUUCCUACCUUUAUUUGCGUGCCAAUACUUAAUAAGGAAAGAAAUGAAGAAAAGAUACACAAAUUUAUAUUUGUGUUUCUAUACUCUUUAUUUGGCCACCACUAAUAGUUAAAGAAACAGAAGAAGAAUAGAUAAACAAAGACAGAAGCAGAAUACAAAAGGCGGCCUAAUUGCAUAGUAGCAAUCUCUACCCGGCAAGUCCGGCAACUAGUUGAUAUAGUGUUCAAAGUUGCCGUACUCGAUGAGCGAAAUUGAGGUCGCGGUAUGUAAGUAUAGAGGCAGGAUCUAUAGAUGUUGCAAGACCUGAUUUUAGGAUACAGGGGCAACUUCGCACCACCAAAAUAAUAAUUCACUAAAUCAGAAUUGACCGUCAUUUUUAAUCUGAAGGCACAAAAUUUUGCUUAGGUACCUAAUACCUCAGUUAGCAUUAACUACAGAUGAACCUUUUUUUAAAGUUUACUGAACAUAGACUAUGCUUUCAAUAUGAACGUACAACACCCAAUUAUUGUAAAUUCUUCUUUAUGCUUAAAAACUUCAAUUUUAUAACUUUAAUUAAGCAUAAAGUUGAACAUUAUUUUACUUGUUAGUUCAUUAAAAACCGGCUUACUUCUCAUAGAAGCGAAAUUUAAUUUAGGGUUUGCGAUGUUUAUAAAAAAAAUAUGACCCUUAGCUCAAUCUGUUGACUUUAGGUUGAAAAGUAUACCGAGUGUAGAUUUGAAUCCAGUAAAUGAAAUCGUUUAGGAGUCACGUGUUAUUUAAAAUUGUCCUAUGUAGUAAAAUAGGCCUCUUCGCAUUACCGUUAACGUAAUCCGCUAGGGGGUUAUUCCCUUAAAUAUAUAGGUAGGUAAUGUAACCGCAAACUUUAUCGUACGAGUUGAGUUGGCUUUAAAUCUCACACUCGUGGUACAGAUUUAUUGGUAGUAGCUCAGCGAUGUUAUGAUUAUUAAUGAGGUUGUGCGUUGUUCUAUUUUUAAAAUUUUAAAUUUUUAUAAUAAAAAAGUUUAUUCCGUCUUUAAAAUUGCGACGACUGAGAUUGGGCAUGUUUUUGGGCAUUUUUUUUCUAUUUCAAUAUAAACAACUAAAGUAGUAGUUAGAGUUUGGAACUAGUAUCUAAUAAGGACAGGAUUUUUUUUAAACAUUAUUAAGGACAACCAAUGAAGACAACUAUUUAUUUCAACAUACUUGUUACUAUACUCGCUAUUUUGUGGUAACCAAACGAUUACACGUAUGUAUUAGUAGUGUUAAUAUUCGAAUCGAAGGAAUCAAAAUGAUUUCUUGUUCCAUAACAAUUAACAGGAACAGUUAAAUUCGUUUAUAUGUUUUAUUUAUCAGCUACCUUAUAAUAAAAUAAAUCAGUGGCCAUAUACCAAAUGUUAGGUACAGUACUGUGUUAUCAACAUUUUUAAUAGGCUGUAAGGCAGUUAAGGUAAUAUUUUAGACAUAAUCUGUAUAUAAAUUUAAUUAAUGUAAUGUGCGAGUGUUCGAUAGCUGUAGAAUGUGAUUGAUUUGUAGUGAAUGUCUAUCCUUAAAUAUUUAUUAUUAGUAAAAAAUAUGCUAUCAGAAUAAAAGUAGCCUCAACCAAAAUAUUUAUCAGCACUUGACAAACGGGCAAAACAUAAGUUCAGCUGAUCAUAAUGAUGGUAUUUAAAGCUAACGAAUCAGGAAUCGUCAUGGUAUUUAUUAAAAAUACUGCUAAAUUUUGGAUUAGGUAACUUUUAUCCUGAUGUUACAAAUUUAAGACAUCCAUUAGUAGCAAGUGUUUCAUCCUUAACAUUUUUAAAGUAUUGGAUAAGAGUUUUUGCUGCAAACAUUUUAAAGGAGUAAUAGAACAGUGAUAUAAAUCUCCAAAUGAUAAACGAAAUAAUUUGUUAAUAUAAUAUUAUCAUAUAUUUAGUGAUCGGUGUACGUCUGUACUAUUACAUAUAAGCGAAGUGUUCAUUCAAGUUGCCAAAUUCGAUGUAACGUCUUGUGGUAAAACUUGUUAUAAUCAAUUUACUGCGUAUUACAUACAUGUAGCAUGUUUAUCAGUAAUUAUGUAGAAUAACGCUCAAUGUGUUUAUACGUGGUGUACCUUCAUAUUAUUUCUUUAUGUAGAAAUUGAGUAAGGUUUCUAUUAAUUAUUAGGUAAAUGUUAUUUAUAUUCCAUUUUUGUAAAAAAAAUAACAUUCCAAUGAGAAGUUUGAAGCUUUUAAUCGUACCGUUUUUUUACGAAAAUAUUAUACAAUCCGAAGACUGUAAUGGCACGGGCACAUAAGCAACACUCCACUCCACAUGGCAAUCCAAUAUUAGUAUUUUACCAACAUCUGCGAGUAUAACAAGUCAAAAGUGAAUACAUAUAUAAUUGUGGUUAUUGGGUAUGAAAAAUGCUUAAAUUCGAUUUGUACUAAACAAGAGUAGCGUGGCGUGUUGUUAAUGUGAUCCUAGCAUAAUUGUAAGUAGUUUCGUCGUUUAAUUAACAAUUGCGAUAAUUUUUACUCUGUGCAAAACGCAUAUUUACAAAUUUGAAAUAUUCCCGAUUUUUUGGAUCCCUUUUGAAAACACUGGGGCCAAGUUUUUAUAUAAUAGAACCCUACCUUAAUUCCGCGAUAUAAAAACACAGUUUCUAACCAAUGUUAGAUCAUAAAAAAUAAUAGUACCUGCAUGCUAAUUAAAAUUAGGACUUAUCUGAAAACUGUGAAUACCUAUUUUAAAUCUUGCAUUUUUUGCAAAUUUAUAUUAACAGAAUAAUUCUUAGACAAUUUUAAAAUUGUAAUUUUUCUAUAUUUCACUAAAACUAUAUGACUUUUGAAUAUAUAAUUUGGUAUUAUUAGUUGUGUUGAUUACAGUUGUGUAUUGGUUACUGUGAAUUUUAUCACUGUUUUACAUUUUUAAAUAUUUAUACGCAUUCAUAAUGGUACAUUAAAUUACAUGUAUAAAAAAAGUUGUUUUAUUGAUACACCGAGCCCCAUAAUACCUAUUAUUGAAGUAAAUUUCAAAUAAAUUACCAUUAGUAUGCAAUAUAGGUAAGUAUAUUGCAUUCAGGUAUAUAUAUUACUAGCUGUUGCCUGCGACUUCGUCUGCGUU